UGAUCUUGGUGACUAUAUUAAAUUCAGUGGACCGCGUUACACUUGAUUGUUGCUUCAGUAUACGUUAUAAGAAAAAGUGAUUUUAAAAGGGAAAGGAAAAAACCAUUUCGUGUCAUCCUCUUCCCCACUUCCAACCAAAAUUAGUUUUAAAAACAAAUUAUUAAUAUUAAAAAAGUUUUUUUUUUCUUUAGAAAUUUUUUUAAAGUAACCCUAAAGUCUAAACGCCGUUGUGUGAUAUUUGGAGAGAGGGAGUGAGAGAGAGAUUAAAACUUCUUCUGGUUCCUUUUAUCAACAUUUUUUCUCUCUCUUAAAACCAAAAAAAACUUCGAAGCGAUUUUUGAUAUUUUCUUAACUAUGGAAAUGGAAUCAUUCAUGGACGACCUUUUGAACUUCUCUGUACCGGAAGAAGAAGAAGACGACGAAGAAAAUACGCAACCACCGAGGAAUAUUACUCGCCGGAAAACUGGAAUACGGCAAACGGAUUCCUUCGGCCUCUUUAAUACCGAUGACCUUGGAGUGGUUGAGGAAGAGGAUUUGGAAUGGAUUUCAAACAAAAAUGCUUUUCCGGUGAUUGAAACAUUCGUCGGCGUAUUACCGUUGAGUCCGGAGAGAGAAGCGACUGAGGGAAAACAGUUGAGUCCGGUUUCAGUACUUGAGACGAGUAGCCAUAGCUCCACAACAACGACGGCGACGACCUCAAACAGCAGCGGCGGAAGUAACGGAAGCACGGCUGUGGCUACCACCGCUACAACCACCACAACAAUAAUGAGCUGCUGCGUUGGUUUUAAAGCACCGGCUAAAGCGAGAAGCAAGCGUCGUCGUACAGGACGCCGUGAUUUAGGAGUUUUGUGGACAGGAAACGAGCAAGUUGGAAUACAGAAGAGGAAGACGCCGUCGGUUGCGGCGGCGGCGGCGAUGAUUAUGGGGAGGAAGUGUCAACACUGUGGAGCGGAGAAGACGCCGCAAUGGAGGGCGGGACCAGCGGGACCGAAGACUCUGUGUAACGCUUGUGGCGUGAGGUAUAAGUCUGGGAGGCUAGUUCCGGAGUAUCGUCCGGCGAACAGUCCAACUUUCACGGCGGAAUUACAUUCGAAUUCUCACCGGAAGAUUGUAGAGAUGAGGAAGCAGUAUCAGUCCGGUGACGCUGAUCGGAAUGAUUGUGGAUAAAAGUUGUUAGAAUUAAUUUCUCUCUUUUGUUUUUGGAGAAACUUUUUUUUCGUUAAUUUCUCUUUAUUUGUUGUUUUUAAGUCUGUUUUAGGGUUUUGCAGUUGGAAUUUAGGUUUUUUUAUUUUAUUUUUAUUUGUGAAAUUAGAGGUAAUUACUUAAUUAGGGGAUAUUAUGGUCAGGGAAUGGAAGAUAACUUUCUCAUUUUACUGUUUUAUUUGA